AAGGCAAAAACAUAUAGAUGAAGAGCAGAAAUAUUCUAAAUAUCUGUCAAUUGCAGAGGAAAAUCACAUAAAUGCAUAAAAUAGAGUCAAUUAUUAUAAAUGCAUGAAAUAGAGUCCAGUCUUAGUAAAUUAUCAAGAGAAUUUAGAGCAUUUAUAUAGAGUCCAUCAAUGGAAAGUACAGAUUCAUCGGGAGGGUCUCAGCAGCAGCCGCAGCUGCCACCAGGCUUUCGCUUUCACCCCACCGAUGAAGAGCUCGUCCUUCACUACCUUAAGAAAAAGGCCGCCUCUGCUCCUCUCCCUGUGGCCAUCAUCGCUGAAGUCGAUCUCUAUAAAUUCGAUCCAUGGGAAUUGCCAGCUAAGGCUUCAUUUGGAGAACAGGAAUGGUACUUUUUCAGUCCAAGAGAUCGGAAGUACCCGAACGGAGCCAGGCCGAAUCGGGCAGCAACUUCAGGGUAUUGGAAGGCCACAGGAACGGAUAAGCCCGUGCUCAGCUCUGGAGGAACUCAGAAGGUUGGUGUGAAGAAGGCACUUGUUUUUUACGGAGGGAGGCCGCCUAAAGGGAUCAAAAGUAAUUGGAUCAUGCACGAAUAUCGUCUUGCUGAUAAUAAUAAGUCUACCAACAUGAAGCCUCCUGGCUGUGACAUCGCCAAUAAUAAAAAAGGAUCCCUGAGGCUUGAUGAUUGGGUGUUAUGUCGAAUCUACAAGAAGAAUAAUAGCCAAAGGCCGUUAAUGGAACACGAAAGUUGUGACUCUAUGGGAGAUAUGAUAUUAGGAUCAAUAAAAUCAGAGCCCUGCGUUCAAAUUGGGCAGCAACAUCCUAAGCUUCCGGGAAGUUAUGGUGCAAUGCUUGAAAAUGAACAAAGCAUGUUGCAAUCUGCGCCUAAUUUAGCCAGUCUAAUGUCUAUGAAACGAGGUCUAUUUUGGGAGGAAGACGGAGGCCCAUCUUUGGCAAACAAGAGGUUCCUCACGGCAGAUCAUCAGAAUGAUGAAGAAGGAAAGACCGUGCAGGAUGAUAAUGGCUCGAUCUCCAUGGCCAGCUUUUUGGGUCAGUUUCCACAAAGUACACAAGCGGAUGAGGCGAUGCACCAGCAGGGACCAAUGCUUGGAAAUCUGGGUGAUGGGGCUUACAGAGAACAGCAUAAUUUCAAUCAGUUACAAUCCAACAUGAACUGGUACACCUGAAUCUCGCAAUAUAUAUCUAGAAUGAAUUGGGAUUAUGAUAUAUAUAUUGAUCAUCUUUGUUAUAUUAUGUAGUAUAUAUAGAUUAAUCAUAUAUAUACAUAUAUGAACUUCGUUUGAAGAUGCUAUAUAUUCGCAUAUAGUUCUGGCAAGAUUAAAGGUUGGAAUUAGCUAGGUCGAUCGAGUAAUGGUGCUGCGUAUAGUAGUCUACUUGGUUGAGGAUUUUGUAACCUCAACAUAUACAUAUUUGUGUAGGCGAGUAGAAGAAAUUUGAUAUAUGUACUGUGUGAUGUUUGUGAAGCUACUUGGUGAUGUAUAAAAAUAAAUACAGUGUACUUACUGUAAUAUUAAGACGUUAAUUUUGAGUUGUUAUGAUA